AUGGCGGUUUUUCAGGUCAAUCGCCGUCGUAUUCGCGCCGUCAACCUCACCGCGGUGGAGUUGGAGUCGAAACGACAGGAGAUCCUGACUCGGCUUACGGAUUGCCUACGUGGGGAGGGCCGAGCACUGCAGUUGGUGGUGGAAAAGAAAACUCACGCGGAGCUGACGGCCGCCCGGGAGGUUUUCUUUGAAGCCAGACAGCAGGGUGGGGAGCGGGGCGUAGGGCAGCAGGUGCUGCUCAUCCUGGAGCGCGCCACACCGACGAUCCCGUGGGGUCUUAAGCUCGCCGCUUUGCCAAACACUCAGCCGCUGCUCACAAAUUUCUCGGAUAAAUUGCAGCUCUCAAAAAAAGCAAAAAAUUUCCUCUUUGAUCACCGUGGACGGUUGCGAGUGGUGAGCGUUAACUACCGCGGUAUUCAGCAGCGCUUUACGACGGAACAGCUAAAGCAAUUUAUGUCGGAAUCACUUCUUCUCGCGCUGUGGCUUCAGGUGGCGGAUCCCCCAAGCGACGGGAUCGAGGAAGCUUCUUUUUUUGGUGAUGAACCUCAUGCAAAAGAGCUCACAAACAACGCGGCGGACCCCCUUGGUAUUAAAAAAGUCCAUUCUAAAGUUUCCCCAAAGGCGAAUGAAAAUGAAAACAAGAUUCAACCAAGCCUUGAGCAUACAGAGAAAUCGUCUGGCGUUGGUAAAGAUCACGAUAAUAGCCUUGACAAAAACAGCAAAAGCGCAAAAGGCGAGGUUGCUAUUAGCGCUGAGGAUGGUGAUUUGACGACCCCGGACAAUUCGCUCUCUGAGUGGGAAGACAACGCCUUGGAGGGCACCUUAGAUAGUUCUCAUGAGCGCGCUGCGAAACUUGAGGACUACGAUAGUUUUGAAGAAGAACCAGAGCCCUUUUCUACUAAUGAGGAUUUGGAUGAGUUUAAGGAGGUUUCUAAGGAGGAUUUACCAGAAGAAGGUAACUUUGCUGAGUUGGAGGGUUCGGAAACAAGGGAGGCGAGGCUGGAGGAGGGAGAUCCAGUCACGAUGUCGGAUACAAAUGAGGAUAAAGUAUCAAAUCCAAAAGACGUAAAAUCGAGUAGCAUUUCAAAAAUAAAAAAAAUAUCCACAAAAGAACGUAAAAAAAGAGCUGGUAAUGAGGAGACAAUGAUGGCAGAGGAUUAUGAUGUGGAGAAUACCACAAUCGACAAGGAUGACAUCAACCACGAGGAAAUAGAUAAAAAUGUAGAACCAUCGAAUGUAGAGGAUCCCAUGAUUUCAAACCUGACAGGCGACGUGCCACUAAUGGGGGCUCAACUAACUUCUGCAGAAAUUGCCAUGCAGUUAGGCCAUGAGGCCGGUAUCGACGGCAGCGAUUCAUCGAAACAGGUUGAAAAUAAAUCAUACGAGGAUCUUCUCUCUGCGCCGUUGAAUCGAAGUGCGUCCAAAACGGCGGUUUCUGAUAAGGAUGUACCUUUGGUGGAUUCGUUGAAAACAACCGCGGAGAUUGCUAUGGAGGUUGUGGGGGGUGUAAGCAGCACGACCUCCAUUUCGAAUACUUUCUCCUCCUCUUCCGAGAAGCCUAUAGCAGGAAAUGUCCCUGUAUCCCUCACGCAGCUGCUUGAGACGCCUCCACUAAAGUUUGACAACAAAGUGAUCGCAAACAAAUUUGACGGUACCGCGUUGGAGCUCUUGCGACCAUCCACUGAGGUGCCGUGGAAUAUCAAAAUCGCAUUUGUUGGCGGCGAGGUUUUGCUCUCAAAGUUACCACAAGUGGCGGACGAAAAGCAAGAUCAUCCCUAUCUAAAGUACCUUGGCGUGAUGCCUGACGGCAACGUACGGUGUGCGGUCGAAUCGAUGAAUGGGGUGGACUUACUGAUGGCUAGCAAGCUAGAAAAGGCGAAACUGAUGGAAACGGUGAAGAAGUGUACGAAGUUGUCCAUGGUUCUGAAAGUAUUACGUUAG